AAUCACUUUGAUGCAAUAAUAAUACCACUAUUUAUUCAAAUUUAUUCUAGUUGGAGAUAUAAAUGUAGGAAAGUCUUGAAUUUAAUUGAGAUUCACAUUGAAAUCAUUUCGAGAUGAACAUGAUUCAACAAUAGGAGUUGAUUUUUGGAGCGAAAGUUAUUGUAAAGAAUGAGAAAACAAUAAAAAUAUUUGUUUGGGAUGCAGAAGGAUAAGAAUGGUUCAUAUCAAUUACCAUAGCUUAUAUACGAAAGUUUAAAAAAAAAUAAUAUAGAUUAGAUCAAAUGGAGUAUUUUUUGUUUUCGAUAUCACAAAGGAGGAAUCAUUACAAAAUGUAUUAAAAUAAUAUAAUGAAGUAAAUGAUAAAUUUGCUUCAAAUUGCUAAAUAGUUUUGGUAGGCAAUAAAGUUGAUUUAGAAUCUGAGUACACAUUACAUAUUAUUUGUUAUAGUGGUAAAAUAUCUACUCUAGAGGUGAAAGCAUUUGCUGAUCAAUAAAAAAUGCAAUACAUUGAAGUAUCUGAAAAAACGGAUUAUAAUUUAAAUUAAUUAUUUGAGAGUACUGCUACGGAAAUAUUAGAUAAAGUAGACAAGAAACAAAUUGAUUUAGAAGUAUGAAUUAAAUUGUAAUAAUUAAAUAGAAGGAUGUUAUUAAGAUAGGUAAUUAUUAAGAGUAAAAUAACAUAAGCACAGAGAAUAAUUGA